UUACAACACUAACAAACAGCUGAUUCAGGCGUCCACUGCUAUCAAUUUGGCGGAUUUUGCAAUUUCAUUUAUUUUUCAAGUUUGUUUAAAAAUAAUACAUUCCUUAAACAGUGAGCAAAAAUGGCACCAGCUUUCGAGGGACGUACAUUCGUGAAUGGUGGCAUGCUGCGUAAAUUCGAUGGCCAAAAUGUGAGCAUAUUUCUGCGCAUCGAAGAGGAAGCCGGCACCAAUCUUGUGGGCAUGUCGACGGACAAACAAAAAAUUCGUGUAAAAUUGCAGGAUGUGACCGGUGGACGCACCGGCAGUUGGGUGGAAAUCAUUGGCAAACCAAUGGGUAGUGAUGUUAUCGAAGCCAAAGAGUCCAUUUUAUUUGCGGAAGAUGAUCCCGAACUCGAUGAGGAAGCUUACAAUAUGAUGGUAGAGUUUUUAAACAACUGCAAGGAGCUUUACAAAAGUGGUUAAAUCGCUUAUAUUGAAAGUUUAAAUCGCUUAAUGCAGUUAGUUUAAAUCGGAAAAUAUAAGUUGGGUGUGAUAAUCAGAAAUUCGUUUAUUCGAAAAUAAUGCGUUGAUGAAUUGUAUUUAUAAAGUAAUAAAAUGUGUUUAAAAUGUGCAUCGCCUAUUA